CAGCCGCAGUCGCAGCAGCAGCAAAAAGAAGAACGACAGACAGCCGCAACGAUAACAACAACAACAACAGCAGCAGCUAGAAGAGGCUACGACACUUCCAAUUGUUAUUUUUUAUUCACAAAUUAUAAAUCAAACACGAUGGCGUACGACUUAAAAAAGGAGUCUGAUGUUAAGGAAUACGUCGAGAAAUUGGGCGUUGAAUAUCGCUUCGGUUGUUACUCGGAAAAGAAACCGGAAGUCUGCCAUCUGCUGGGCGAUUAUCUGGAGGGCAUCAAGAAGGACUUCGAGAAGGCAUCGAAGGUGUACAAAUCGACAUGUGAUGAUUAUGGCUAUGCCAAGUCGUGUUACAAAUAUGGCAACUAUAGCUUUCUGGGCAAGGGCAAAUCGGGCAGCAAAGGCGAACCGCGUGUCGCCUAUCAAUACUAUGAGAAGGGUUGUAAUCUGAACGAUUCGGAUGCUUGCUUGCACUCGGGUCUGUUGCUCGUCUCACGCUCCAUGCCCAAAGAGAUCGAUCGUGAUGUGCCCAAGGGCCUGCAAUUUCUGACCAAGAGCUGUGACAUGAACAAUGCCACCGCUUGCUUCUAUUUGUCGGGCAUGCACAUUUCGGGUGUGCAAAAGAAACCGGAGGAUGCAGCGGCAGCAACAAGCACAACGACAACAGCAGCGGCGGGGGGUAAAGCGGCUGGGGUCAAGGACACCGAUUACAUUGUGCUGAAGGACAUGAAGAAGGCAUUUCAAUUUGCGUACAAAGCGUGCGAGUUGCGCAACAUGUACGCAUGUGCCAAUCUCAGUCAGAUGUAUGCUCGUGGCGAUGGCAUCGAGAAGAACGAGAAGGAGGCGGAGAAGUACAAGAAGCUGGCGCUCGAGAUGCAGGACGAGGUGAAGAAGCAACAGGAGACGCUCGGCUUUCAACAGGGCGUCGGCAUGCCCAAUUGACGAUGAUCAAUCCCAGCGAAAAAACCAAAACAAAAAAACCAUCCAACUAUAUAUUUUACUUUAUAUAUAGAGUUAUCUUCUGACCCCCACACACACAACACAAACACAC